AUAUGAGUAAUUGAAGGUCAAUGGCAUUUUACAAUUAUGAGUGGUUAUACUGACGGUUCUAUUAAGUGACCUAACUGUUAUAUGCAAUUUGGAUACAAAUCAACUGGGUGCGCGUUCCCGUAGGAGGUGCCCGUGCACGUUAUCUUUUGAUGAAUCUGAGUAACAGCGCGCCAAAUGGGAAGAGAGGAAAGUUUGUCAACAGUGAACGUUGAUACCGUCGGCGUUGUUGAACAAGUUGUGACGUGACCGAGUGAUGAGCACUUUCUACCUCAAGAAUGUUGAUGUAACGCCAUCAGUGGAUCUGAUAUGGAGCUGGGAAAUGUCAGUGUCUGGCCACGGCUGGAGCCCUUCCUCCUGGGGGCGCUCCAGGUGGCUCCCUCUAACAAGCUAAGCAUGCACUACCUGCGCAAGAUGGCUUCCUACGUUCGCUCGCGUGACGGCUGCUAUCCCAGGCUGGGCUGGCUCAUGUGGAAGCACAUUGCCUGCGGCAAGCUGCAGCUCUCCGAGGACCUGGCCUGGCUGUACUUUGAGACCUUUGACCUCCUGGCCCUGCACACGCCUGAGGAGAGGCUGGAGUGGGCGGAGGCUCUGUCUCAGUGCUCCUCCGCCAAGGAACUGGACAGGCAGAGGAGUAAGAUGUCUGUGGACACUCUGCAGUUCCUGCUCUUCCUCUACAUGCAGCAGAUGAACCGUGUUUCCCUGCGGACUUCUCUGAUUGGUGAGGAGUGGCCAAGCCACCGCUCGCGCUCUCCCUCUUCAGACCGCGAGUCCAAGAUCAGCUCCCAGAAUAAGAACUGGGACGACCAGGCGCACCUGACCUUUGUGCAGUCGCACCUGUCGGAGCUGCUGGAGCUGCUGCUGGAGCCAGGGCAGCUGAGCAGCUCGGGGCAGGUGCUGCGGGACAGCCAUCUCUCCCUGGAGGUGCUGCACGGCCUCAGCCUGAUGCUGGAGGGCUCCAUGAGCCGCGGCCGCUCCGUCCACCCGCUCCACCGGCUGCUCUCACGCCCCCCGCUCCAGGCCCUGGCCGGCUACUCCAAGCUUAGCCGCUCCUUCGGCCUGCAGCAUCUGCAGCAGUGGCUGCGCCAGACGCUCACCCUCAACCCGUUCGGCAUCUCCGCAUGCCUGCGCUCCGGCAAGAAGCUGGCAUGGGCACAGCAAGUGGAGGGAGCCAUCAAGAGGGCCAAGGUUGCACGAAACACACACAUGGCACCGCCUGGCAGCAGGGUGGUCCUGAUGUCUCAGGUCUUCAAGCAGACGCUGGCCAAGGACUCCGAAAAGCUGGCAGGGUCAAACAUCAAGCUGCACCGCUGCAGCGAGGCCUUCAUCUACCUGCUGUCACCUCUCAGGUCUGUUUGUCUGGAUAAGUGUCGGAACAGCACGGUGGUUCUGGGCCCAGUGGAGUGCAGCGUGCACAUGCAGGGCUGCGAGAACGUGCGUCUGGUGUGUGUGACGGGCCGUCUGGCGGUCGGCUCCUCCUCGCACUGCACCAUCCACCUCCUCACACCGACCCGGCCCGUGCUUUUGCCCGGCAACGUGGCCCUCACCCUGGGGCCCUUCCACAUCCACUACCCCUCCCUGGAGGACCACAUGGCCAGUGUGGGCCUGGCCGUGGUGCCCAACGUCUGGGACCAGCCUCUGCUGCUGGGCGCCGAAGGGAGCACCCUGGACGAGGCCUGCUACCGCAUUCUGCCGCCGGCGGACUUCUGCCCUUUGGUAGUGCCCUUCCAGAUGGAGGGGGAUACCUGCGAGGUGCCGGGGGGUCUGCCACCCACCUACCAGAAGGCUGUGGAUGGCAGGGAGCAGCGGGUACAAGACUGGCAGAGGACGGUGAAGGAGGCCCACCUCAACAAGGAGCAGCGGCGUCAAUUCCAGGUGCUGGUGGAGCAGAAGUUCCACGAGUGGCUGCUGGCCACCGGUCAGCGGCAGGAGCUGGACAGCCUCAUCCCCCCGGCCGCCGCCCCAGAAACCCCAGGGGGCAGCCGUGCUAAUGGUGACUACGGUGGACCAAACCUGUGGCCAAACGAGAACAAGCAGAAUGGAUCGCUGAGGCAGGGAGCUGGCGAGCGGCCCACAACUGUGAGCUGAGAGAUCGGCUGCUACUACUACUAGCUCAGAGCCAGCCAAAGAGCAGAGGGCGAGAGAGGGCCCUGCACACCCCUAAAAACAAGCCCUCUGUUUCCAGGAUGGCCUGGAACAGAACCCUGCAAGCUAUACCGUGUUCUUCUUUUCCCCGAGAGAACAGGUGUCUAGUUCGGUUACUUGAACACACGUUCUGUUAUUCCACGCACCUCCCAUGGCACCUCCCACAGCAUUGCUUUUCUCCAGAUAUCUGCACAUGCACAGAUACAUGUGUUGAUACACCAGUGCACUCUUACACUUACUGUACGACCAGGGUUGUAGCCCACCUCUCAGCUAAGAGCACUUGAAGUCUGAAAAGCAUCCCUCGUUCUGCUAGUCACACUGAUUAGGUAACCAUCUCUCUUUGCUGGAGUAGACAACACAGACAGCAUUAAGUAGAUUGCAAUGCAGUUACGCAGUUACACGAUUCAGGUGAAAUAUAAGGCCUUAAAUUGAGCCUUAAGGGAGUGUUUAUAAUAAUGUGCCAUCUGUCCUUAGGAUCACUGCUGUACUUCACACUUUGUUUCUUUUCUUCUUUUUUCUUAAUUUUUUUGGCUAUUAUAUGUGCACAGCAUGUUGCCUUAAGCAAAAUGGUCACCUCACAUAGUGAAACACCCCUCUGGGUACGGUACUGUUUAUUUUGGUCUAGAGAAGGGAAAACUUGGUAGCUAUUUGAGUUAGGGGGAAAGUGGACUAAGGCUAGUUAAGUACAAAAGAUUCAUCCUGUCUUUUUCACUUUUCAGCAGUUCGGCAGUUUGUUCACUUAUUUUCAGGAUGUAGUGUACUUGAAGUUUUCUGUUCUAAUGUCUCAAAGCCAGUGUGUACGUGAUUGAAUGUACAUGUCCUUAAUGCUGUAGACAAGCCCUAUGAUGUUUGCCUUACAUUUGCAGUUGCACUAUUACCUCCGCAGUGACUCUUGUUCUUCAAUCACCAUGGUUGUAGCAACAUAUUGUAUAUUUAGUUUGGUUAAAUUAUUUUUUGUACAUGAACAUGCAAGAAUAAAAAUCCUUCGUCAAAUCCAA